GCUCCUCAUUGUGAACACGCCUUUUGCAAUGCCUGCAUCACACAGUGGUUCUCCCAGCAGCAGACCUGUCCUGUGGAUCGCAGUGUUGUAACGGUAGCUCAUCUCCGUCCAGUCCCCCGCAUCAUGCGGAAUAUGCUCUCCAAAUUACAGAUUACUUGUGACAACGCGGUUUUUGGCUGUACCACAAUUGUGCGACUUGAUAACCUCAUGUCUCAUCUUAACGACUGUGAACACAAUCCAAAGCGACCAGUAACAUGUGAGCAGGGAUGUGGCCUAGAAAUGCCCAAAGAUGAACUACCAAACCACAACUGCAUAAAACACCUCCGUUCUGUGGUUCAGCAGCAACAAACGCGUAUAGGGGAACUAGAAAAGGCAGCAGCUGAAAACAAGCAUCAGCUGGCUGAACAGAAACGUGACAUCCAGUUGCUAAAGGCAUAUAUGAGAGCAAUCCGCAGUGCCAACCCUAAUCUUCAGAACUUGGAGGAAACAAUAGAGUAUAAUGAAAUUCUUGAGUGGGUAAACUCUUUACAGCCUGCACGUGUGACCCGAUGGGGUGGAAUGAUCUCGACGCCAGACGCUGUGUUGCAAGCUGUUAUCAAACGCUCACUAGUAGAAAGUGGCUGCCCAGCAUCUAUAGUGAAUGAGCUCAUAGAGAAUGCCCAUGAGCGCAACUGGCCACAGGGCCUGGCCACACUUGAGACACGACAGAUGAACCGGAGGUAUUACGAGAACUAUGUGGCAAAACGGAUUCCAGGAAAGCAGGCUGUUGUGGUGAUGGCCUGUGAGAACCAACAUAUGGGAGAGGACAUGGUGCUGGAGCCUGGCCUGGUUAUGAUCUUUGCUCAUGGUGUGGAGGAAAUAUAA